AUGUCCAAACAAGAGAAGGUCGCCGCUGCAUCAGCCUGUAAGGAGAAGGGAAACGCUGCGUUCAAGGCUGGCGAGUACGAAGAAGCCCUGGAGCAAUACAAAGAGGGAGUUGACUACUUUGAGCAGACAUCGUCCUGGUCUGGUGCUGAUAAGGAGGAUAAGGAUAAGGUCCUUCUACCGUGCUACCUCAACAUGGCAAAUUCCUGUAUGAAGUUGGCAGACUGGUACGCCGCAGUAGAGUAUGGCAAGAAGGCAGUUGAGCUUGACGAUAAAUCAACUAAAGCACACUUCCGUUACGGUGCUGCCUUGAUGGAGAUAGCCUCCUAUAAGGAUGCGAAGGAGCAACUUCUCAUAGCAGCAAGGGCCGAACCUCAGAACCGAGAGAUUCGUACUACUUUGGCGGACUGCAAGAAGAGGGCUAAGGAGGCAAUGCGAGUUUUUCCAGGCUUUGCGUUGGCUGAGGAGAAGACAGCAUUUGGGGCGAUGUUCGGUCAGAGUAUCUACUCAGAGAAGGCUGAUGUUGAGCUACCCCCAGUUCACGACAUUGCCAAGCUCCCCAAGGCCUGGAUGGAUAUCAAGGUCGGCACUGAGGAGCCCAGGCGUGUGACUUUCGCCCUCUAUUCCGAUACGGUGCCCAAGACUGCUGAGAACUUCCUGGCGUUGUGCAGAGGUGACAGUGGUAAAUGCCAUAGUAAGCCAGAAGUGGAGCUCGCCUAUAAGGGCUCUACCUUCCAUCGUGUCAUCAAAGGCUUCAUGAUGCAGGGUGGUGACUUCACCAACGGGAACGGCACUG